AUGGGGAAGAAAAAGAAAAGUGCUUUACAGGUCAUCAUGGAAGAUGCCGGAAUAGAAGUUGAUGGAGAAGUCGAAAGUGACACAGAGAGUGAAGAAGAUGAAGUAAAGGACAAGAAAACUAACAAACAACGCCUCAGGGAAACUGGCAGAGCAAGCAGACUUCAAAGUAAAGGGAAAGAGAAAGACAAAGAAGAAGAUGACAGCAACGAGGAAGACAAUGGUUGCCAACAAAAUGGAGCUUCCAGGAGAAAAAACUACCAAAGGAAAAACAGAGAUGGAAAAAAGGCAGGAGUGGAAGGAAGCCAACAGAGAGAGAGAGGUAAAAAGGCUCCUACCAAAGAUCAAAAGGAAUCAGAAAACAAAGAAAAGAAAACAACCAAGGAAGGAAAUGAGGGGAAGAACAAACAGAAGGAAGACAGGAAAAACAGCACUACUUCUGCUUCUUCCAACUCAUCUGAUGAGGAGUCAUUGUCAGAGGAAGAGCUUGCGAUGCUGAUGGAGCAGGUGGAGCAAAAGAAAAAACUGAUUUCCAUGAUGAGAAACAAGCCCUGGAGGAUGGUGAAGAAGCUAUCGGUGCUCAGGGAGGCACAAGCUUUUGUAGAGAAGUUUGAAGGAGCUCUGGGAAAAGGGAAGGGCAAAAAGUUGUAUGCAUAUAAGAUGAUGAUGGCAAAGAAAUGGGUGAAAUUUAAGAGAGACUUUGAAAAUUUUAAAACCCAGUGCAUACCCUGGGAGAUGAAGAUAAAGGAAGUGGAGAGUCACUUUGGCUCCUCAGUCGCUUCCUACUUCAUAUUCCUACGGUGGAUGUAUGGAGUAAAUCUUGUCCUUUUUGGGUUAAUAUUUGGACUGGUUAUAAUUCCAGAGGUCCUGAUGGGAAUGCCGUAUGGGAGCAUGCCAAGGAAAACUGUACCCCGGGCUGAACAAGCAACAGCUAUGGAUUUUUCAGUACUUUGGGAUUUUGAGGGCUACAUCAAAUACUCAGCACUCUUUUAUGGCUACUACAACAACCAGAGGACAAUUGGCUGGUUAAAAUACAGGCUGCCAAUGGCGUAUUUCAUGGUUGGGAUCAGUGUAUUCGGCUACAGCCUGAUGGUUGUUAUCAGAUCGAUGGCACGCAAUGCCAAUGAAAGUACAGCAGAUGGGGAUGAUGACAACUUCGUUUUCAGCUGGAAAAUGUUCACCAGCUGGGACUAUCUCAUUGGCAAUGCAGAGACAGCAGACAACAAGUUUGCAUCCAUCACCACCAGUUUCAAGGAGUCUAUUGUAGAUGAACAAGAAAGCAACAAGGAUGAGAAUAUCCACCUCAGAAGGUUCCUGCGGGUUUUGGCCAAUGUCCUCAUCAUCUGCUGCUUGUGUGGGAGUGGCUACCUCAUUUAUUUUGUGGUGAAACGCUCCCAGACAUUUUCCAAAAUGCAAAACGCGGGAUGGUAUGAAAGAAAUGAGGUUGAAAUUGUGAUGUCCUUGCUGGGCAUGUUUUGCCCUCCACUGUUUGAAACCAUCGCUGCACUAGAAAAUUACCAUCCCCGCAUUGGGCUGAAAUGGCAGCUGGGGAGGAUCUUUGCGCUCUUCCUUGGGAACCUCUACACGUUUUUGUUGGCCUUGAUGGAUGAUGUCAACGAAAAACUGGCGGAAGAGGACGUGGUAAAGAACAUCACGUACUGGACACUGCUUGGCCACCACAACUUGUCUGUGGGGAACGACAGCACUGCUACACCACCUCCCCUUGACCCUGCAGAUGUGCCCAGGGGACCCUGCUGGGAGACAACUGUUGGCAUCGAGUUUGUGAGGCUCACUGUGUCCGAUAUCCUGGUGACCUUCAUAACCAUUCUGGUGGGAGAUUUCAUCCGAGCUUGCUUUGUGAGAUUUGUGAAUUACUGUUGGUGCUGGGACCUAGAGGCUGGAUUUCCGUCCUAUGCAGAGUUUGACAUUAGCGGCAAUGUUUUGGGUUUGGUUUUCAACCAGGGAAUGAUUUGGAUGGGAUCCUUUUAUGCGCCAGGGCUCGUGGGUAUAAACGUGCUGCGCUUAUUAACCUCCAUGUAUUUUCAGUGCUGGGCUGUUAUGAGUAGCAAUGUCCCUCACGAAAGAGUCUUCAAAGCAUCCAAGUCUAAUAAUUUUUACAUGGGACUGUUGCUGUUGAUCCUAUUCCUCAGCCUCCUGCCUGUGGCUUACACCAUCAUGUCCCUGCCUCCCUCCUUUGACUGUGGACCAUUCAGUGGGAAAAAAAGAAUGUAUGACGUCAUUCAAGAGACCAUAGAGCUUGAUUUCCCACUUUUUGUUGCCAAGAUCUUCAGCUAUGUGGCAAAUCCAGGACUGAUCAUACCUGCAAUUCUGCUCAUGGUCCUUGCCAUCUACUACCUAAAUUCUGUGUCUGAAGCGUAUCAGCGAGCCAAUGCAGAGCUGAAGAAGAAAAUGCAAAUGCAACGCGAAGAGGAGAAAAACAAAAGAAACAACAAAGCCACCACCAACCCCAUGCUGCAAGAUCUGGAGGAUUUACUUACACAGAGUACUAAGACUGAAAGUCACCCCAACCAAGAAGAAAAGAAAAUGGAGUCUCCUGAUAGAACCAGCCCUGUCAGGAAACCAGGCAGAGGAGCAGUCCCGGAUGGCAGCCCCAUGACUGGUGGGAGAGGAGCAGCAUUCACCCCACCAUCACACGUGUUUGUGACACAGCCACUGACACCAGGUGUCUGGGCACCGUAUCCUGGCCAGCCCAGGCCACGGGGGCACCCACUGGGACUAGUCCCUGGAAGAGGGAGAGGGCAGCCACGCUACUUACAGGCUGCUUAA